UUGUUUUAUUCAUUUAAAUACGUGUUUAUAUUAUUAAAUAACCUUAGAGAAAAAAUCUAUUGAAUCCUCAAGGCACGGACUGCAAAAAACUACGUCAUCUAUCGAUUUGGCAUAUGUAAAAAAAUCUAUUGAAUGCAGGACUAUAAAAGUUAUAGCAACUUGAAAUCGUAUAUCAGUCGAGUUCUUAAUUCAAAUAAAAGCUCUCUCCGAUAUGAAGACUAUCGUGGCACUUACUGUGUUGGUAGGCUUGGCUACCACCGCCUUGGCAUACAGCACGGAACAUGACGACCUGGACAUCGCAGCGAUUGUUGCCGAUAAGAACGAGUUGCAAAAAUUUAUUGAUUGCUUCACCGAAAAAGCGCCUUGCACUAAACUGACACAAGAUUUUAAAACCAAGUUACCCGAGGUUGUGCGCGAAGCCUGCGAAAAGUGUAACCCGACUCAGAAACAGAAGCUGAAAAUCUUCCUCGAUGGCUUGAACGAGAAGUUCCCUGAGGAAUACAACGCACUCAAGAAACAGUUCGACCCCACUGGCAAACUCUUCGAGGCCCUGAACGCCGCUCUCGCUAAAGCUUGAACAAUGAAAUUGUAAUGAACGUUUUUAACCAAUAAAUUGUAUCAUUUGUUUUUGAAUCAA